AGUCCCGUAGCCUAAUCCAGAGAGUGAGGAUGCAUAGCAGCAGUGAUAUGUGUCGAAUCAACAUCGGAUAACUACUUGUUUCGGCAGUGAUUGACAAAAUCCUGUUAAUACUGUGUCCAUUAAACCCCCGAAGACCAUUUUCGAACCUGAACUCAUCGGGUUGAUCGCCUUGAAUCGCAUCCGGACCGGGACUUUGCAGACGUUACGUUGGGACAAUGGAAUCUAACGUGAACAGUAUCCGCCCUCAGAGGCUACAGCCGGGGAUUGGAUUUGGUUCAGGACCGACCGGGACCCUCCGCUCCUCUCUCCGGCCCGGGGUUACCGUCCCCAUAGCACCGCUCCUUCCCUCCCCGGCGUCUCUGGCCGCUUCGUCCGGGCCUCCUCCUCCGCCGCCUCCGCUGCAGCUCCACAGCCUGUACGGCGGAAUGGGAGCGGGGCUCGGGCCGGGGGCUGCCGGCCACUGUAACCCGGGGAACCCGGCGGUGCUGAAGGAGGCGGUGGAGGCUGUGGUCCGCAGCUUCGCCAAACACACACAAGGUUAUGGCAGAGGUAACGUCCACUGGUGAUAGAUGCAGAGUUAACAGUAUUGUCAGAUUGUGCAGUUUUUUCCUUUUAUUUGAGGGGUCAGACGACCUUUUAAAGCUGCGCCAUUUAUUGGGACGUUGAUUUACAGCAAUAAAAACAAAGUGACACCCCUACAAUAUCCCUAAAACAGUGUUAAAAUUAUCACUCUAUUUUUUUUAAUGUCCCAAAGUACAUAUAAUUUUCACGUAGUUCUCUAAACUUUGACUACAAUCACUUCAUUAGGAUUAAGUCCCAAAUCUCUGUAGGAUUAACAGCAUGUUACUGUAAAUCAGUCUGGUUUUACUCACCUGUUUGAAUUCUUACACUGUAAACACUGGAACAAUAGAGUCAGUAUAAAAAUAUGGAUGACAAGGGACAUAUGGAGGCUUAAAAUAUUGUCUUUUUAAGGGUAAUAUCAGAUAGAUGUAUUUUAAGACUGGGAAAGCGUUCACCAAACAACAACUAAACUCAUUCCUUUUUGCCAAAUAGAGAGUACUUCUGUCUCUGAUCACUGAAGCACACAGAUAAAGCCAUGCUUUACAUUGCAAAUGACCAAAAUCUGCAGUAAUUUUUGCAGCCUAAGCAAAUACUAAGGACGUCUGUAGGAUUAACAGUAUAUUGCUGUAAAUCAGUCUCGUUUUACUCACCUGUUUGACUUCUAACACAGUAAACACUGGAGCAAGAAAGUAAGUUUAAAAAUAUGGAUGACAAGGGACAUAUGGAGGCUUAAAUAUUUUCUAUUUAAGGGUAAUAUCAGAUAGAUGUAUUUUAAGACUGGGAAAGCGUUCACCAAACAACAACUAAACUCAUUCCUUUUUGCUAAAAAGAGAGUACUUCUCUCUCUGAUCACUAAAGCACACAGAUAAAGCCAUGCUUUACAUUGCAAAUGACCAAAAUCUGCAGUAAUGUUGGCAGCCUAAGCAAAUACUAAGGAUGUCUGUUUGGUGCUAAUAGGAUUUAUUUCCAAAAGACUGUCCUCUCAUGCUCAGACUUAACAGCCUCUUCCCUCUUAUAUCUCAUUUAGGCGACUUAACACCUUCCACAUUGGCAGCACCAGAAAGACUUUUUUAUUAGCGCUUAGUUUUACUCCUAAUGUGGCUCCAAUUAUGUCAUUCACCCUCUGGAAGAAUGGGUUAUUAUGCCAAUUUUCACAUUUUACUUUAAAACACACGCUAUAUUCAGGCAUUUGUCAGUAUUUCUCCCUGUGUUGAAUGAAGGUUCUGUUCUGCUUUUUUCUUUUACAUUUUUUUUAUUUUCAAACUCCAUGUGCUAUAUUUGCAGACAUGUGUUGAUUGAUGUCUUGCCACUGCUGCAAUGUAGGUUUGAGUCUGGGCCAGCACCAUUGUGAAUGUCAUCCUCCUCUAUCUACUACUGUUUCCUCUCUCACUGCUUUAUCUUCCAGGAAAUCCUUUAAAUUUGAUCAACAAAACAAAACAAAAUGUAACUUAUAACUAUUCGAAACCCUUCAGGUGCUUGAAAGCAAGUUUGAAUUAUGAUUGUUGAGUUUCUUUCUGUGGCUCAUUAAGAUAUAACACAUAUACUUUAAAUCCUAUGUUUUGUAAUCACUUUUUUAUUAAAGCUCAUAAAAAAGAUGUCCUGCAAGGUUUUACUUGACAAUAAUCAAUCUAUGUAUCAAUUUAAUCUUGUGAGGGUAACAUACCAGAGAUCAGAUUACACAUGUGAAAGUCAAUAGAGCUUAAACUGUAGUUUCCAAAUGCUGUCACAGUUUAAAAGAACAUUUUAAUUUGCAGACAUUAAGAACGCUGAGAACAAAUAUUUGGAUUGCUGUUAAGGGGUUUCAUAUAUCUGAUGCCAAGCUAUAGCUCGGUUUGUUUACAAAGGCUGAAAUAGUCCCUGAGCUGCAGCUUUUAAAUGUUCUGAUUACGCUCCAGACUCGGUACAGAGCGAGAAACAGGCUGCCUGCUCGCUGCCUGUUCUCGCAUCUAACAGCAAGAGCUCAGUGGGGAAGCCGAGAGGCAGCAGAAGUCAAAUAGCUCGGGAUAAUGUUGGCUGCAGCUGCGCUCUCUUCUCUUCUCUCCACAGACCCCGAGCCAAGUAAUCAUUUCUGCCUCAGCCGCAAAUUUCCCUGCUCGUCUUUGUUGUUGUUCCUUUUCAGAAAUCAGGAUUAAAACUCUGUCAGACAGAUAAAUUAAAUGAGAAGUUGAGCGUAUGUUUCUACUUCCUUCGAGCAGCUCCUCGGCAAUGAUGCAGAAUUUCCUCUUAGCAGCAACCCAAAUAUUUUUCAGCAAAACCUCUGGUAUCCUUGUGUUGCCCUCCUCUCCCCUCCCCCUUUUCGAUCUCUUUGCUUAGAGAGGAUGUUGCAGUGAAUAGCCAGAAACUAUUCCCAGGAAGUAAUUCAUUUUCUGGAAACCUUUAUGUCUUUGUUUAGAUAUUGUAAAUGACUUUAUGACAAGGCCUCCUUUGUCUUUGUGCUCUACAGUGAACGUGGUGGAGGCUCUGCAGGAGUUUUGGCAGAUGAAGCUGACUCGAGGGGCUGACCUGCGGAACGGAGCUCUUGUUGUUUAUGAAAUGGUCCCAUCCAACAGCCCUCCUUAUGUUUGCUAUGUUAGUCUUCCUGGUGGAAGCUGCUUUGGAAGUUUCCAGGUACAGAAACUUCAUUUCACAGCAACAUUUUUAUUAAAAACUGAAAUGUUGAUUGGAUAUUAAAAGGCAUGAUUCUCUGCGGGCAUAUCCUUCAUAAUCUAUAUUUAAAGUAGGAUAAGUUGUCAUUUGCAGACAGACAAUCAAGACUCCUGCACACUCUUACGACUUCGCUCCACAUAACAUCUGCUUUCUUUAUCCUUCACAGUUUAUAUGUGUUUGUGAUUUUAUCCAGGCGCUAACGCAUGUCCUCUCCACUGUUUGACAGUUCUGUCCCACCAAAGCAGAGGCAAGGCGCAGCGCUGCCAAGAUUGCGCUGAUGAACUCUGUUUUCAAUGAGCACCCUUCCCGCCGCAUCACAGACGACUUCAUCGAGAAGAGCGUCAGUGAAGCGCUCGCCUCCUUCAAUGUACGUUGAGUAGAUCAAGGAGGGUUAAUUGCUGAAAUCCUAAACAGUCAGUAAACACAGAGCAGACCUGCAGUUUUAAAUGAAUGCGCAUGUAAGAUAUACUUUAUAUGCAGCCAGCAACAUGAACAAGUAUCUGCAGAGGAGCAGAUGUUUAGAAAGUAUGUACAAUGCAUGACAAUAUCUGGAAGUUUCUAGAGGCAAUCUCAUCCUUUCAUUACAGGGAAACUUUCUCAUAACUUUUACUUCCCAUAAAUGUUUCCUCAUCAUUUUAUUCCCCCUCAAAAUUCUGUAUUGAACGAACUGUUUCUUAUUGUCGUUCGUAGGGAAACAGAGAAGAGGCCGACAACCCCAACACAGGAAUCGGAGCCUUUCGCUUCAUGCUUGAAUCCAACAAAGGAAAAUCAAUGCUGGAGUUUCAGGUGCAUUAACCUCAGGAAUUUAUGUGUUGUAAGAGGUGUUUUAUGCUGCAUAGAUGCACUGCAAUUGUGUGAAAAUAGCAUUUGUAAGGACUGAGCCCAGGCAUCAUGUUUACUUGACUGUGUACAUAUUUGCAGACCAGACAAAUAUAGUAAAGAGAUUUCAGCCGGUCUGUCUUCUGUUAACACAAAGAAACAGGAACAGCUUAACUCUGUGUCUAAUUUAAAGGAAAUUUGAAAGAAGCAUGUGUGUUUUGGAGUACUUUAUUACUACAUAUUGAGUCAAUCUCCUAAUUUAGCGUUUUUUUUUCUUUGUCGCUGUUUCUGUUUCAGGAGCUGAUGACUGUGUUCCAGCUGCUGCACUGGAACGGGAGUCUGAAAGCCAUGAGAGAACGACAGUGUUCCCGACAGGUACUAACAGAAGUUCAUUCCCCAACAUCUGGCUUCAAUUAUCUUGAUAAAUAUUCAAAACUUUUUACCAAACUUCUUAAACUGAGUGUCAAAACUUUCCCACAUGAUAUGAGUUACGCAGAAAGAUUCACAAUAGGAUCAUUAUUCAUCGUGAGAUUCAGGGCCUUUUUUUCUUUUACAUAAAUUACACCUUAAUUUUGUUGUUUUGUUGUAAGCAUGUGCUUGUACUUGAAGAGCCUGGCAAACCAGAGUCAAAGUCUUUCAAUGUUUGAGGAACUUUUGUGUUUGUGUCAAUUUUGGCGCCCCCUGUUGACAAAGUGGUAACCAUAGACUGUGUACAUAAUGGACAGCAUCUGCCUCCUCGCUGGGUGAAGUCACUCUGAGAACAGCAACCUCUGGUGACAGGCUGCAGUAUAGGUCAUAAAUCCCACCUCCUCCAGCAAAGCUUAUGGGACUGUGGACAAACUUUAGAAAUUUAUUACAGAAUAUAAUUUUUUCUCCCCCUGCUUGUGAUGUUGACAUGUAGUUAUUAUAAGUCUGGUUUGAGCUCAAGUCCUCUUUUUUCUGUGCAGCUCUGUUUCUUAAAGUUAUUAGGGGGUUCAUGUUUUCUAUGAUUGACACUUGAUACAGUCUAUGAGCAUACGAAGAUUGCGUAGCUCACCCAGGGGAUACGCUGUUUGAGCCAAGCGUCAUCAGAGCGACUCUCGGCAACUCUCCUGCCGAAUGUGCACAACACUACUGUGCAAUGUUGGUUUCAGGAAAUGGAGAAAAAAAUGCUGAAAUGCCGAGAGCUUUUCGGCUUCAAAUCCAUAUACUGAUGGAAGACAGAACCAAGUUAUCCAUAGUAUAUACAGUCUAUGGUGGUAACCCUCUUUGAUUACUGGUGUCAGUUGACAAUAAGAUCUUCUCCUGCUGUCUUGUUUAAGAGAAGUUUAUACUCACUGUAAAUAUUUGCUGUUGGGAAAAGUAACAAAGUCUUUGUCUGUUGCGUAUUUACCCUCUCAGAGCAGACACAGGCAUCAAAAAUUACAAUAUAGAAACUGUUGAUCUGGUUGUUUAUGAUCUCAUUUGCCUUUUAACAUCAUAACUGUUCAUUUCAGACUGUUUCAUAACCCAUCAAAAACCCUCACAGGAGCUUUAAUUCACUCUUUUUUUUUAGUUGAUUUGUAAAAUAUGUAGUUAUGCUGCAUAAGCUCUUGUGAUAUAACAUAAUUGGUUCCAACCCCUUUUAAAUUUACCCCUGCACUCUUUAUUAUCACAGGAAGUGCUGGCUCACUAUUCUCACCGGGCUCUGGAUGAUGACAUGCGCACUCAGAUGGCUGCCGACUGGGUGAACCGAGAGCAGAGCGUGGCGAGUACCAUCGCUCAGGAACUGGCGUCGACAGAGCGUGAGCUGGAGGAUGCCAGACUGGCGGGCAGAGAACUGCGGUUUUACAAAGAGAAGAAAGACAUCCUGAUGCUCGCUGUCGGUCAGCUCAGCGCAGCCAACACAGCCACUCUACCCUCGCACUAAAACCCACUGCUGCCCAUCUUGGAAACAAGCCUUCACACGCCGUAGGAUUCCUGGUAACAGUAUUGAUCGCUUGAUAGAUAUGAAGGUGGCUUCUCUGGACCUUUAGGUUUUGUAUCUGGUGUUUUGGAUAGGACUAGGUGUUCAGGCCUUCACUAACAGAACAUCCACCAUCUGUCCAUGACACAAACACAAUACCGCUAUAGCCGUUACCUCUUUGUGCCUAGUGAAAACAGGACAACUGCGCUUCUUUGGAAGAAACUACAAGUCGAUAUUGUUGACAUUCCAGCUGAUGAGGUUUACAAAGCUCUUUAUACUUUAUUGAAGCAAAUUAGACCUGCAUAAAGAGAGCCUGCCUUUCACCAGUGAAUGUAGAAAAACUGUUAUAAAUCAAACCCAUCUGAUUAAAGUAGCGAUGGGAUCAAACCUUGAUGGCAAACACCAUAUUUCUCUGAAACAACAACCACUAAAAAGAUCUCAAAUGUUUCCUCAGCCUUUUUCUUGAAAUUACACCCUCAAGCAUUGCAACACAGCUUUUGGAUCAUGUUACGAUUAGAGGGUACUUUCCAAAAAUGUCAGCGGGAGGCUUCUAUCUCUGACAGCAGCUCAGGUUUUUCAAAGAACAGAUACUAAACCGUCCCUUUAUUUUCUUCUGGUGUUUUCGUUUUGUUUGUGAAGGCUUAUUCUAGUGUUUGUUGUAUACUCGGUGACCGUGACACUAGCUGAAUGUAUAUUUUUUUCUUCAGUGACCUACCAGCUAAAGGAUCCGCGGAGUGUUUAACAGUUAAACCAUUAGGUUACUCUUGUGAUACAGAUUGUGUUUGUCAUGUGCUUCGUCUGGCAGAAACGAGGAAAAGCCACAUGGCAGUGAUUGUAGGGAAAAUGUGAAGGCCAAAAAAACGAGUUGAGGGCUCUUAUGCUGACAUGAUUCAUCACGCGCAAGUCAUUGCCGUCUAUACAAAACAGUACCAGCACUUGUGGUUUGAUUUUUUUUUUGUCAGAGUUUGAUUGGUAGCAGUGUAAGCGGGCCAGAAAAAUGUAAGUUUCCUGCACUUCUAACGCAUCAAGUAUCUGUAUUUUGAAGUCUGUCUAUAAUGUAAAUGUGAUACCUUUAUUUUUCUCUAUCUACCUAAAAUGUAUUGAGUACAUUAAAAGGAUGAAGACAUUUCGGCGGGUAGCCUUUUAAAGACCCCCGUGAGAUAGAAGUGAGAGUUUGAUUGGUAAUACACGGCUUCAGCUGGAUUGAGUUGUUGGCGCAGAGUUGUGCGAGUAAAACAGCAGGAGGUUUGUCUCAUUGCUGAGUGAUGGAUUAUCAACAACAGCCGGAACUGAUUACUCUUAAUAUGAGGAGACAGUAAGAACAAAACAGAGAAGCAGAGAUGGAGUAUGAUGAAAACCAGAGACCAGUUUUUAUGAUUUUAUUGCUUCUUUUCCCUGGGAUCAGUGUCCCUUCAUGGAUAACAUGUAAAAAAAAAACCAACCUGUAUUCUAACAAGGUCUGAACAAGGAGGUUAGUCUCUGCUUCAUGGCAUUUUAUUGUCAUUUUACGAAGAGGUAAAGUUAUAAAUUACAUGCUCUGUUACAUUUACUAUACCUUAAUGAAAAUUCAAUCAUUUUGAAGAUUUGCUUUUUGGCAGAGGAUGUCUCCAGAAGAUUGAUACCACUCUUUUUCCUAAAUCUAAAGCAGCCAGCAGCAGCCAGCAUGGCUCUUUUUGAAUAAAGACAGUUAAGAGCAAAACCGUUUCUGUCUCGCUGUAAUAAAAUAACUCCAUCGAUGUGCCCUCAAGCUCAGAUCUUUAUUCGUUUGUGAUCUGCGUAGAGGUCAUUGGGAUAUCUCUUGAUGGACAGGUCAGGGGGUCAGUGAAGUAUCCUUAGGCAAGUCACUUAACCCCAAGCUGCCCCUGGUGGCGCUGCAAGAGGUGUGUGAAUUACAUUAGUUAAAACUGAUGGGCGCUUUGGAGCAGCUUUUUCCGUCAGUGUGUGAAUGUGGUGCGAGUAAACAAAUGUGACAUGAAAUAUAGAAGCACUUUGAGUGAUCAGAAGACUAGAGAAUACACUACAUAAAUCCAGCCCACUUACCAUUUACAAUACAGAUAAUAAAAUGGUAUUAAUCUUUGAAGAAACCCUCCACCAGGAAGUAAAUUUUCCUAAAUAUCUUCUGAAAAUAUUUUACACGGCAGUAGAUGAAGAAAAAUAUAAUGAAAUGUACUACGUUUAAUGUGUGUAUAACUCUAUAUAUCGUUUAUUUGGUACUUAAUUCGCAAAAUUUGUCAGCAGCACAAAUAGCAAAAUGUUUCUAUGUAUUUUUUGUUGCACUCUCUGCACUAUUCUCAGUAAUUAUUGAAAAGUUAAUGUAAAACUUCAAUCUUAUACAGUGAAUAUAUUGACCUCACAACCCACCAGCUUCAAUACAGCCCUGCCCAUCCUUUCUUUUCUGUGCAUUUACAGCUCAAAUCGGCAGAUACAAUUGUCAAAUGAACUAAUGUGAUUAUAGGAGCAAAAAAAAAUCAAUAAUUCUUCAAUGCAGAUGGUUACAAAGUUGAGUUCAUGGAGUAUAUGUUACCUUACUUUUUUUUUAGGUGCUCAUUAUGUGUUUGAUUUUUGACAACAAGCCAUUAAUUUCAAAGUUCUCUUCUUACAAAUGCCUUUGACCUUUUUUUUGUGAGUACUAUUAGUGAAGGCUUUUUUAAACACUUUGUUUUUUGCUAUGCAUUUUAUAUAAAAAAGGAAAACUGAUUGGGCUUUUUGUUCUUUAGCUUUAAUGCAUGAUGUGUUUAUUAAGUUUGGUUUUAUUAUGUUUUUUUUUCAAUACAGUAUUGUUUUAUAAAAGUGUUUCUCAAGGCCUUUAUUGUAUGUAUUUUCUAUUACCAUUUUGUAUCACCUGUUUAUACUUUUAGUAGAUUUAUAUGAUGUAAUAAAAUGGCUCAUACAAAUGUUUUA